AUGGAGCAGCGGGCGAAAGUCGACGUCACGCUAAAAGGGGUGGCCGAGACAUUGUUCAUCCCUCUUGCAGCACGAGCCUUCGACGCGACUACACAGAGACCGAUACUCGGCGAUUCGUACGCCAAAGAUGCCUUAGAUAAACUCGACUACGAGCUCGACAAAGCGGCCCUACCACCAGGCCAAUGCGCCAAGAUAGCGUUGCGAUCACGCCAGUUCGAUCGAUGGACUGCGUCGUUUCUGGCUACCCAUCCUCACUCCACGGUCCUUCACUUGGCGUGUGGGCUAGACAGCCGCGCGCAGCGAGUCGAAUGGGGUAGCGAUAUUCGCUGGGUUGAUAUUGACCUACCUGAAGUUGUUGCCCUCCGACGACAAAUCCUCCCACAGUCGUUCUCUGGACGUGACUACCGGCUUUUAGGCGCCAGCGUGACCGAUAGCGCUUGGUUGGAGGAUAUUCCGGCGGACAGGCCGACCGUUGUAGUCAUGGAAGGACUGUUAUCCUAUCUAAUGGAGGAAGACGUAGAAGGAUUGCUGUCGCACCUGGUUGACAGGCUUCAAGAAGGAGAACUGCUGUUCGAGUGUGUUAACCUGGCAGUGCUGUCUUCGCUUCGUAAAGGAAAACUCAAAGCUGUUGAACAGACUGGGGCCCAGUUUAACUGGGCGGUUGACGACCUGAAGAAGCUGGAAGAUAUUCAUCCUCACUUGGAGAUGCUCGAGUCCAUUAACUUUAUGGAGGCACCGGGAAUAGAGGAGCUUUCGUUCACCAGCCGGGCUACAAUGUACCUUUUGUCGUGGCUACCCUCGAUACGAGAAAGUGUGCGAUUUGUACGAUUCAAAUUUAGCCCUAAAGUAUCUAGGCAAGCCUCCGAUUAA